GUCACUGUCAAAAUCCUAUUUUUAGCGAAGCGCACGCGUCCUUCAAUUUCCGCCAUUUUUAUAAUUUAUUUGUUGACUGUGCACAAAAAUAGGAAUUUUCAAAAAAAUCGGGUGCGAUCAUGGAAAGUGGCGUGCCUCUACAGUGAUUCGACCGUGGGGGCCUUGCAGCGUUCGAGCGGUGUACGAAAAAGAUGAAAUUUCGCUAGGAAAGAAGCAAGUCUAUAAAAUACGAAAACCACAAACAGUACCUAGUAAAUUGAAAUGGGGGCAUUCCUUGACAAGCCAAAAACAGACAAGUUCCAAGAGGCUGGUGAAGGCAAUGGGCUUAGAUAUGGUGUGGCCAGUAUGCAAGGCUGGCGGGUGGAAAUGGAAGACGCGCACUCUGCCCGUUGCGCAGGCCUCGGCAGCGACGAACGUCUCCGUGAUUGGUCGUACUUCGCCGUUUUCGACGGACACGCAGGCGCCAGAGUGUCUGCGCACUGUGCCGACCACCUCUUAGACGCCAUCGUCGCGCAGGAGCAGUUCGGCGAGGACGUUAUCAAAGGCAUCCGACAGGGAUUUUUAGAUUUAGACAACAAGAUGCGAAACUUACCGGAAAUGUCCUCCGGCGAGGACAAGUCCGGCACGACCGCGGUGUGCGCAUUUAUUUCUCCCAAAGGAUUGUUUAUAGCGAAUUGCGGCGAUUCUAGGGCAGUUCUUUGUAGGAACGGCCGUCCCGCAUUUAGUACGCAAGACCACAAACCCGGUUUACCUUCGGAACGUGAUAGAAUCGUAAAAGCUGGAGGAAGUGUUAUGAUUCAGAGAGUCAAUGGUAGCUUAGCCGUUAGCAGAGCCCUAGGGGACUUCGAGUACAAAAACGUAAAAGACAAGGGUCCUUGCGAGCAGCUCGUAUCACCGGAACCGGAAAUUUUCGUGCAAGAGAGAGACGAACGAUUGGACGAGUUUCUGGUGUUGGCCUGCGACGGUAUUUGGGACGUGAUGAGUAACGCGGACCUGUGCGCGUACGUUAGGAGUCGUUUGCAGGUUACGGAUGACCUUAGGGAGGUCACCGGACAGGUUAUCGAUACUUGUUUAUUUAAAGGCAGCAGAGAUAACAUGUCCAUAGUGUUGGUUGUAUUUCCGGGAGCGCCACGGCCCUUUGCCGAGGCGAUCCAGGCGGAAAAAGAGUUGGAUGCCACCCUGGAAAGGCGCGUUAAAGAAAUCAUUGAACAGAACCGGGACAUUGAUUAUUCUCAGUUACUUUUAAAGCUUGACUCUGACUUUGAGAUCGAGGGACUGCCCCCCGGAGGGGGAUUGCAUUCUAAGCGGGGGCUCAUUGAACAAUUGUACAAACAAAUGCUACCUGACCGAGCAGAUACAGACAUGGACACUUUCAACUAGUAAGUUAAGCAGGACGGAUGUUAUAAAUGGUAUUCAGUUGGUUUGUAAAGUGAUGAUUAGUUUUAUUAUUUUUUUUUUUGUAAUUUAGGUUGUGAUUGGGACUUUUACAGGAGGUAAGGCAAAAACAAAAAAAAUAUUAUUGAAUGUUUUCUGGCUUAGAUAUUUCGUAAUUUUUUAGAAUAUAUAUCCUAGUCAAGGCAUUGGUUUUACUUGAAAGUUACAAUUGCUGCAUUACUUUUUUAAACUUAUAAAAUAAAUCUGUGGAUUUACAGUAAAUUUUCAAAUCCUAUUGUCUACAUUUACAAAAUUUGGAAUGUCUUGCAUUAAAAAUUCUUUCAUUGUUAAGUGUUCUUUCAUAAAAUAGAAAAAAUUGUCAAAUUGUAAAGCUAAACCAAUUAAGUGUCAAAUUACCUUAAAUUUCAAAUAAUGUUAUUAAAAUCCAUGCGGCUCUUGAGUUCUAGUGAAUCUUAAAUAUAUCACAACCAAUAGUGAAAAUUAAGUAUAUCAAAGCUAUGAAUAGUCAAUUGUAGAAAAACAAAACUAUAAAUCUUAAAUUAACUUAACUUCAGUGUCUCUAAUUUUCUUGUUCUUUGUUAACUAUGUUUGGUACUAGAUUUGACACAAAAAUUGGUUUACCUAAAUAGCGAUUUAAUAAAAGCUGUACGUCCGCAGUGUAAUUAUUAAUUUACCUAUUUAAUGUUUGUAUUUAUUAUAAUUGUUAAACUAUUUUAAAUUUAUAUAGUCUGUUUAAUUGUUACGCUAAAUUAUUAUAUAUACCCAAUAUCUAAUUAUUUAAAAAUCAUUGAUGUUCGUUUUAUACCAAUCAAGCAUGUUUUCAUAAGGUCCAAUAUAUACCUAUUAAUAGUAUUUGCUUGCCAAUACUGCAAAAGUCCCAAACGUCAUGUACUUGUAAAAAAAACUGAAUUGUACCUGUUUUAAAACGAACUUAAAUAUAAAUACAAUAGGGUAAAUCAAUAAAAACUAAAAAAAGUUUUUUAUUUAUUGGUUCGCCCUCUUUGUAAGUUUAGAGGUGGAGAUUUAUCCUUACCCAAGCCUUAAUCGUGGCUUGACUCACACGGAUUUUUGUUUGAGCAUAUCAAAUUGUUGGUUCUUAAGGCGGCAUACUUAUUAUACUUAAAAAGUCUCAUGUGUGUCUCAAGCCUGUUUUAUUGUUCUUUUUUUUCGUGCUAAUUGUUACUUAUUUUGUUCCGAUAUGUCUGGUGCACAAAUAAUCUGUAGUGCAAAGACAAUAAUUUUAUUUGUUAUCGAUUUUUGUUUCGCAUUUGAAUAAAACACACACACUCUAUUUUUCCUAUUUAAAGAUAUGUACAGAAAUACUUUAUUGAACGUGUUUUUAUCAGGUCGAGGUUAGGCCAGUGACACAAUUUAAUAGAUUUUGUAUCGGUGUUAAUAGUGCUCAUAGUUUGUCAGGGGAUAAAUAAUACUGGGGGUGUAAAAAUUAUUUUUCAACACCCUGUAUACAAUUAUAAAAUUAAUAUACAUAUAUAUAUAUAAAUAGGUCGAUUGGUAAAAUGUACAGAUUAAAAUUUAAUGUCGUUUAGCUCGCACUAGUCCGUUGAAUCUAUAUUUUUAACUACUUACAAACAUGUAAAAAGAUCAGGAUGUGUCUGCUGUAUAUUUUAAGAUAGAAAUACUCUAAGUAAAAAAUAUUUAAGUA